AUGGGGACCUUCCAACCGAGCCUCCUGAGCCAAAUUGGAUCGUUCACCAUGUUGAGUGCAAUUGGCCUUUUCCUUGUGUUAUAUACAGGCUAUGGAAUUCUGCUCUAUGUAUAUCGUCUCACCCUUCACCCUUUGGCCAGGUUUCCCGGUCCGAAGCUUGCAGCCGCCAGCCUCUCGCACAAACAUCGCUACCUCUGGAAGAUCAAGCAGCUUCAUGAGAUAUACGGCCCUGUUGUCCGCAUCAACCCGAACCACAUCCACAUCCAUGACCCGGACUACUUUGACGAGAUCUAUACCGGUGGUCGCCGCAAGCGCGACCGCAUACUUGGUACAUGCAUGCAUCCAAGACUGGAACUAUGA